AUGUCAAGGGUUAAUUCAUUGUUGUUUCAAGUAGCUGCUGUUAUCAAUAUUGGCAAGACUGUUGAAGUUAAGAUGCGAAAUCAGACUAUUUAUGAAGGGAUAUUAUCGGGGGUGAAGCCAGAGAAGGAUUUUGAUAUAGCUCUUAAGUAUGCAAGAGAACUCCCAACAGGGAAUAAGUUAUCUGGACCUAUCUAUGAGGAAAUGCUAGUACCUGGGAAAGAGGUGGCUUCAUUGACAGCUCAUGAUGUGCCUGUAGCUGGCAUAGAUAAGGAUAAGGGACCACAUUUGAGUGGCUUUAAGACGGAUUCAGAGAUCCUACCCAGGAGCAGUCUAGCAGGCAAGGAGAGGGUAUUACAACGAUGGGACAGCAAAACUGAUGAUGCACUGGACAAGCCCUUAGAGACAAGCAGUCUUGAUUACACAAGGGUUACUGGUAGAGGUGGUGGGGCACAUUGGGAUCAAUUUGCUGUUAAUGAAAGGAAGUUCAAUGUUAAGAGUACAUACAAUGAGGCAUUAUACACUACUACUUUGGAUACUUCCAAAAUAUCCCCCGAAAAACAACGUAGAGCUGAGAGGAUUGCCAAGGAGAUUGAGCAUUCACAGAAUUAUGGUGGUAAGGAGGAAGGGACAGGAGUUGAGGAUGACGAGGAAGCACUGUUCUCAGCAGUUCAAGGUACGGGUGGUUAUGCUACUGGAACCAAGCAACAACAACAACAGAGUAUUAACCAACAUCAGAAGCCUCAGUUAUCUCCAGAACAGAUAUCUGAACGCGCUCGUAUGAAGGCUGAUUUUGAGAGCCAUCUUCGGAUGCUUGAUGCUGGUCAUCGACAUCAUAAGGUCGCUGCAGCUAGUGCUGGCAAUACGAGGCUUAAUGCUCUCAAUCUAGAGCCAGCCUCGGUAAGAGUUAGUCAACUUGCAGGUAGUCGAGCAUCUCCAAAGCAAUCAUCAUCAUCAUCAUCAUCGAUAUCACCCUCUCCUCCUCAACCAUUAACUCAAGAGAAUCUCAAGAGCCAUAAUCAGGCGCUACAGUCAUCUGGGUCAUUUGCUGCUACUAAUAGGCAACAACAACAGCAAACACCAGGCAGCAAACAUUCUCUAUUAGGGGCAUCACCAGUCCUAACUGGUGCUAAUAGGAGGCCUAUCCCGCAGCUGCCACCCUCAGCUGCUGCUGCUGGUGUUAGUGAGAUGAAGGGUAUCAAUGCUCUUAAUCUCGAGCCAGCAUUGCCUAAGCUACCUGAGAAGGAUCGUGAAGAGUGGAUAAGCAGUAAUGCUAGUCCACAGCUCGGUAAGGCAGGUGGUGGUAAGGGUGUACCUAGAGGAGGAGUAUGGCAACAACAACAACAAGUAGGUGGUGGUGGUCUAUUGGAACCUGCUGCUGGUACUACUACACCACCAUUGACGACAGCUAAGGGUGGUGGUGGUAAAGGGAAGGGAGGAAAGGGUGGUCAGUCCUUAUCUAUACCUCAAGGUUCCCCACAAGGAGGUCCAUAUCAAACAGGAGGUGCUGUUACUGCUACUAUUCAUCAUCAACCAAGUCAACUUAUGAUGAAUGCUGUUCAUAAUGCACAGAAUGCUCAAAUACAACAACAACAAGUAGAUGCCGGUAAACCUCCUGUUGGUGGUGGCAAGGGUACUGCUGCUGCCGGAAGUGGUGGUAGUAGGAGGAAUCUAACUUUGGAGGGUACUCAGGGAGGUAAGCGGAGUGGGGCCUUUUCCUUUAACCCUAAUGCUAAUACAUUUACACCAAGUAGUACUGGGAUGCCUACACAAGGAGGAGGAGCUACACUGAAUAUCAAUGUCACACCAGGUGGUAGUCUAUCGGGUACACUCAAGAAUGUUAACUAUGAUACCUAUGAGGCACCAGCAUCAUCUGCUGCUGCUACUGCUGCUGCUGGUCCUCAGCAAGGUAGUGCUGCUACAUCUCUUCCACCACCACCAUCAUCAUCGUCUGAUAAUGGUAUUACUAAGCAGUCAGGGGGCUCAAGUCAGAUCCCUCAGGGAGGUAGGCAACAACAACAACAGUCACAGACAGAGCAACAACAGCAGCAGUAUCAAGGUGUUACUGCUGGUGGUGGUGGCGGUCGUGGUGGUCCAUUGUCCAAUACCCAAGGUGGUCCCUCUCCUCCUCCACCUCUACCACCACAUGGUCCUAUGAUGGGAGGUCCUAUACAUCCUGGUAUGAUGCCGACCCAAGGUGGUCCUAUCCAUCCUGGUAUGAUGAUACCAAUGCCUGCUCCUCCACACUAUCCUGGCUUCAUGACUACUGCUGGCUUACCGAUGCCUUUACCUAAUAUAACACCACCAUUAUUCAUGCCUUUAUGUGAUAGUAAAAGCCUUGAUACAUCGACUCUGGCAGAGAUUGAAGAUAGAUUGUUAGAGUCAAGUGAAAAUGAGAAUACCCCAGCGGUAUCUACUCAAUGGCCUGAUGGUUCCAAGUCCUCGAGCUAUCGUGAUAUUAUAUCAGCAUCAUCAUCAUCAGCAGCAGCAGGUGGAGCAGGAGGAGCGAUGUUCAUGGGUCCACCUACCAUUGCUUCCCCUCAAGGUGGUUAUAUUCCUCUUAUUCCUGGUCAAGCUGCUGGUGGUAGUGUUAGUGGCCCUCCUCAUAUGAUGCAGCCACCUAGUGGUCCACCACCAAUGGGUUCCCCUAUGCUGCCUGGUGGUAUGCCUCCUAUGGGUAUGAUGCCUAUACCCGCUGGUCCCCCAGCUGGUGCUCCUGGUAUGUAUCAAUACUCUGGACCAAUGCAACAACCACCACCAAUGCCUGCUCAACAAGGGGGUAGUUCAACAAGUGGUGGACCAUCAUCGAACCCUCAGGGAGGAGGAGGUAUGCAUGUCCCUCUACCAGGUGGUAUGUAUCCUCCUCCAAUGUAUGGUGGCAUGCCACCACCACCCUACUAUGCAGCGGUAGCAGCACAGCAGAUGGGUGGGGAUAAUAGUGCUGGUGGUAGUAGAGGAGGUGGGUACAUGAUGGGAGGUGGUCCUGGGGUCCUAGUAACUCCAGGGAGUCAGGGUGAUAAUGCUGAAGGAGGAGGUAAUGGUAGCCUUAUGCCUAGUCCACCACAACAACAACAGAGAGGUAGAGGUUAUUACAGUGGUGGAGGACAGCAGCAGCAGGGACAGCAGGGGCAGCAAGGCAGUAGACAGCAGGGACAUCGUGGUGGUGGAGGGUAUCAUGGUAAUAAUAACCAACAACAGUAGUGCUGCUAUCUAUUUAUCAACGAGAGUAGUGGUAUAACCAGUGUAUAAUUUGUAUAUGGUCGUUAUGUGGUGGUAUGAUGGUCUUUACCAUCUCGGAUGGUUAUCUGUAACCGAGAGCGGCAAUAUGGGAGGAAUACAGGCUACCUGGGAUCAGUGGUUCUGUUGUUAUUAUCUUUACCACUUCGUCGUCGUUACUAUUGAUGGAUGCUAUUCACUAUGAUAUUCAAUUGUAGGUUGGAUAUUAUCCCGUUGGAGCC